UCACAGAGUGCACGAGGACACGCUUCCUCCCCCCUCCGACCUUCGGAACGUUCGUGCGCGCGCGACGCUCGGCUCGUGUGCGGCCACGCGACCCGAACGAGUUCAGGCACAGAGGAGAAUUUAACGGCUUUUUGCGCCUCAAAAGCUAAUUUAUUUAAGCAACCGCGAGUUUUUAACGUCGCAGAUCUAUUGUUCGACCCUCUUGUACCGUUUCUUCUUAUUUCUGAUCUGUUUCCCCCUUAUUUUAACGACUUUUUGAACGUUGUACCGGGCCCGUGUCGCUGUGCUGGGAUGUGUUUCCAAUCUGUUUCCAAAAGUAGAUAUUAGCUCGUUUUUUUCCCGGGACGGACCGGACCGGACCGGACACUCCCGGGCCGGAGUGUUAUAGCUGCUUAGCCAAGUGGACUGACCUGGGUCCCGGUUCUGUUCGUGGAGGAGGAUGCUGACCCGGAUCAGGCUGGUUCUGCUGUCCUCGUUCUGGGUGUGGAUCCGGGGCCAGCGUUUGGACCAUGUCAGAGACUACACCUGCAAACAGAAACACGAGCAUAAUAUCCAUUACAGCCGGGCGCCGUCGUCCGACGGUCUCUGUCGCUAUGGCAACGGCGUGGAGUGCUGCUGGGGCUGGAGACAGAUGGACUGGGAUGGACGCUGUCAACCUCACUGUCAGCAUGGCUGUAAACAUGGGGAGUGUGUCGGACCAGACAGAUGCAAGUGUCACCCAGGAUACACCGGCAAGGCCUGUAACCAAGAUCUGAACGAGUGCGGUGUGAAGCCUCGGCCCUGUAAGCAUCGCUGCAUGAACACACCGGGCAGCUACAAGUGUUACUGCCUGGACGGAUACACACUGCAGCCGGACGGCAGCUGCAGGAAUGCUCGAACCUGUUACCAUGCCAACUGUCAGUACGGCUGUGAGGUCAUCAAGGGGGAGGUCCGAUGCACCUGCCCGUCGCCAGGGUUACGGCUGGGACCAGACAGACGCACCUGUGUCGACAUCGAUGAGUGUGCGUUGGGCGGAGGCGUGUGUCCUCGUCGCAGGAAGUGUGUGAACACGUUCGGGAGCUUCGUGUGUAAAUGUCACCUCGGCUUCAAACUCACGUACAUCAACGGACGGUACACGUGCAUCGAUAAGGACACUCGGCCGUUCUGUUCGCUGAACCCAGCCUCUCCGAAGUGCAGGUGUAAAGACGGCAGCUGUAAAGCUGUCCUCAAAGUCACCGUGGAGCCGCACAGACCGAGAACUACGAGCCCAACACCUGCAAGAACUACAACUCCCAUCACCACCACUGCUGCUACUCCUCUUACUACUGCUCCUCUUACUACUACUACUCCUCCUACUACUCCUUUUACUACUACUCCUCCUACUACUCCUUUUACUACUCCUCCUCCUCCUACUACUACUACUACUACUCCUACUACUACUACUUCUCCUACUACUACUCCUCCUCCUCCUCCUACUACUACUCCUUUUACUACUACUACUUCUCCUACUACUACUACUACUCCUCCUCCUCCUACUACUACUACUACUCCUUUUACUACUACUACUUCUCCUACUACUACUACUCCUCCUCCUCCUAUUACUACUACUCCUCCUCCUACUACUACUACUUUUACUCCUCCUCCUCCUCGUACUACUACUCCUCCUCCUACUACUCCUCCUCCUACUACUCCUACUCCUCUUACUACUACUCCUCUUACUACUACACCUGUUACUACCGCCACUGCUAGUACGACUACUUCUGCCCCUACUACUACAACCGAACUGGAUACUACAACAACAACAACAACUACAACUACAGUGGAACCAACAACAGCUGCCACGGUUGCCCCGACAACCACGAUGGCCACCACCUCCUCCCUGGUAACGACCACAGUGAACAACAGGAUCAAUACGGAGCUGACACACAGACAGAGAGGAGACGUGCACAUCCCUCGACUUCCCGAUCACAACCAGGUGUGGGAGUUUGACAUCGAGCUGGGAAACACCUCCGAGGACGCCAGAGAUGAUCCUGCGGCCGGCGUGCUCCACUGUACCUUCGAUCAUGGAGCGUGCGACUGGAUGUCAGACAGAGACGGAGACCUGCACUGGGAAACUGCUCACGACCCUGCAGGUGGGCGGUACCUGUCCGUCCCGGAGCUCAAGGCGGGACAAAGGAGCAUCCGCGGUGCUCGAUUGGCCGUCCAAAUAGUCCCGCCCUGGAGCCACGGCGACCUGUGUUUCUCCUUCUCCCAUUGGCUGACGGGGCGUCAUGUGGGCGUGCUGCAGCUGUUCAUCAGGAAAAGGGGACGAGACCAAAGGUAUAGCCCCGCCCUCUGGAGCAGGACAGGUGGACACGGUUGGAGACAAACACGGGUUACCUUGACGACGCACUCUCUGGAAAGGGUGUUGCUGAAGGCCGAGCGGCGGAAAGGACAGCGAGGACAGAUCGCUGUUGAUGAUGUCACACUGAGACAGGGGGCGUGUCGAUGACAUCACAGCGGGCCGUUUCCAUUUAAGACUGUUUUUAACGUUUACAGACAAUUCAAAGAGUUAAUGUGAUUUAAAGGAUUUACUGUAAACGUUGAGUUUUUACACGAAUUUCCUUUUUUCGUCAAACUGUCCUGAAGAAAGACGCUUUUAGAAAAGUGUGUGCGUGUUAAAACUAAACUCUCGGUCACUUUUCUUUGUUCCCAUUUUAAAUAUUCUCAGAGCGUUUUUAUUCAUUCUUUGGUAUUUUUUAAAAAGUAUUUUUCAGCAGGUAAGAUUUUCUCAUUUUCAGGUUCGUACUUUUAUUUGGUCUAGAAUCGGUUUACGUGCUUUAUUUUUCUCAUACUGCGCGUUGCUGCAGUCCCUCUGUCUCCGUUUGAGCUCCCUGCUCUGAUUGGUCAGCUGGCCCACUCUGUUGUGAUUGGUCAAUUACAAAUACAGUUAAAACCGGGAAAUGUAGACGGGCCAGACAUCUUCAGCAGCGCAUUUAAAACGUUUUUUUUUUUAGUUUUGGUAACGACAAAUUUUAAACAAAUGCAAAUGAAUGUGAUUAAAAAAAAAAAAAAAAAAGCAGGCGUUUGGCGAUGGCGGUAAAAUGAACAAGUACUCGCGGGUCCAGGCAGAGACAUGUGUUCAGCAGAUCACUUCCUGCCUGUGACUGUCGACAGCCAGAUGUGUUGAAACGCUGCUCAGCUGGUCGGAGCCGAGAAAACGUUGAUUUGUGAAAGAUUGGCGGCGGCGCUACAUCCGUGAACAUUUUUAUCAAAUACAACGCAUUGUCAAACCAGAAGCUUCGAACCUUUUUCGCUCGUUAACCCCUUAAAAAAGUUGCGUCUCCUCCUCGCGUCUUCAGAUGAUUCAACUUUUCACGAAGAAUCGCGUGACGGACAUUUUUGAGACUAAGCGAUUAAUCGUUUGCUGCAGCCGUAAAUCGUUUAGUCUUCAAACAGUGAAAAAUGUUUCGUCCAAAACCCCCCAAAAUAUUCAGUUUAGUGACAUAAAACUGAGAAAAGCAGCGAAUCGUCACGCUGGAACCUGAUUAGCACUUUCCUGACAAUUAAUACUUUAUUAAAGUUGUUGAGUAAAAUAAAGUUGUUGUUGUCCCUGAUGUGAAAGUGUUUCUUACAAACAUGGUUUGUAAGAAACACUUUGGCGUUUUUGCUCCAAUAAACGACUGAAAUGAUUAACGAAUGUUCACAUUAACCGACUGUUUACUUCCCACCGUACGUCGGAGCGCAGGUGCAGACGCUCCGCCUCACUACUCCGCUCGUGACCUUUAACCUCCGACCCCUGCAGCAUCACCUGCGGCAGGAGAGAGAGAGGGAGAGAGAGAGGAAGAGGAGGGCGGUUACCUGUCCGGUGAUUUGUGUGUUUAACAUCUGCUGCAAGAGGAAACACACACACACACACACACACACACACACUGAUGGGCGGAGCAGCCGGAAACCUGAUGAGGCAGAUUCCUCAGUUUAUAGACGCACAACAUGUAUGUGAAGCGUGAAACCUGUGAUUUAGCUUUGUGUUGCUGUGUGUGUGUGUGUGUGUGUGUGUGUGUGUGUGUGCGUGUGUGUGCAUGCGUGUGUGUGUGUGUGUGUGUGUGACUACAGCCCUGCUUGUUAACCCUGUAAUCACCACGGUAACCUCUCUCCACGCUCUCCGUCUGAACGCCAACAGGCAGCGGCUCCGUGUUUCUGCCUCCUGCUGCUGAUCAGGAGCAGCGCACCUGAUCGAUUAAUCCGUCCAGAGCUGAAACGAUUAGUCGAUCGACCAGAAAAUAACGAUAAUAAUAAUAAUAAUAAUGACGACGAUCGCAAACUAUUCUCGUAAUCGAUUCAGUCGGGGGUUUUAUUUCAAGCAAAAAUAUCAAAAAUCUGCUUCUUAAAUGUGGUGCGAGAAGCAGAAGUACUAAUACGACAGUUUAUACACAAGUAUUAGCAUCAAAUUAUACUUCAAAGUACCAAAAGUAAAAGUACUCGUUAUGCAGAAUAAUAUAUAUUAUAUUACUGGAUUAUAAUUAUCGACGCAUUAAUGUCUUCAUCACUUUAAUGUUGCAGCUGCUGAAGGUGCAGCUCAUUUUAAUCACUUUAUAAUCUGCUGGGUGGUUUAAUCUAUAAUAUUACAUCAUCUGUUGAUUAUAUUAUCUGUUAUUCACCUGAAUCUGAAAACUAACUGAACUGAUCAAUAAAUGUAGAAGUAUAAAGUAGCACUCACUUACUUUCCACCGCUGCUAAAACGUGAGGAUUUGUUGCUUUUCUUUGUCUCUCGUGACAUAAACUGAAUAUUUUGGGGUUUUUGGACUGUUGGUCGGACAAAACAAGACACCUGAAGACGUCGCCGCGGACGCUGGGCGAUUAAUAUCUGCAUAUUUUCUGACGUUUUAUACAAUAAGCGAUCAAUAAAUGGUCAGGAAAAGUGAAAAAUGGCCCUUACAAGUUCCCAAAGUGACGUCUUUAACUUGGUUUAACUUCGCACCGUGCUGCAGUGAUGCACAGGUGUACUCCAGGACGCCGUGACAUCACAGCUGCUGUUAAAUUACUCUUCAGACUGUAAUGUCCAAAACCCCAGAAGUAUUCAGUUUACAGUCAUGUAAUCAUCAUCAUCAUCAUCAUCAUCAUCGUCAGAAAAUCGUCGCGUUGUAGAAGCUGGAAGCAGAAAAUGUUUUGUGUUUUUGAUUGAUUAGUAACUUAAACGAUUAAUUAUCAAAAUAGUUAUUGAUUUUCGGUUGAAUAAUUAACUACACAAAAUACAAUAUUCAGACCUUCCAUUUAUAUUAUAAAUAUAUAUUUAUGUAUAUAUUUUCUAUUACUGUCUGUAUUCAGAAAUGCACUUAUUUUAUUUUUAUCUACUUUUUGACUAUUUGUCUUUUAUCUUAUUCUGCAUUUUAUUUUGACUGAUACUGCGAAUUCUUCUGUAUCGUGCUGAAUUCUCCUCUCAAUUAAUAAUCUGUCUUCAGUAUCUAUAUUAUCUCAUUAUUGUUGUAAAAAUAUAUAAAAGUAUAAUAAUUGCAAA